AAUGGAGGUUGCAUCAGGAUUUGUACACAUGAUUUAUGAAGACAAAGAUGCUAAUAUUAACAUUCCUCUCUUAGGCGUAGACAUGUACAGUUAUAAUAAUUCCAAGUAUCAACUUAGAAAAAAUUCUGAAAGAGUUGAAUUUUUCAAGUUAUUUCCUCAAUACCUUGAAAUAUAUAUUGUUGUGGAUAAAAAUCUGUUUGAUUAUAUGGGCUCUGAUAUAAAGGCUGUAACACAGAAGGUUAUUGAGAUAAUCGGACUCCUUAACACUCUUCAAGAAACAAAUUCACUUCAUAGGAGCCACAGUUCCUGGAAAAAUAUGUAAUAAGGAUUAUUCCGCAGGAGUU